AUUUAAUAAUGGCCUUUUUUGCAGAAAAGAAAAUCUAGGGAGCGAUAAAUAUUGCUUUUCUAGGACAAAUUGUCAUCAUUGUUCGAAAUUUAUUACUCACAAUAUUGUAAAAAUAAGGGGUGCUUCUAAUCAAGCAGCAAAAUGAUGAAGGCUAUUGCAAAAGGCUUGGUGUUCGUGAUAGGGUCCGCUGUUGGAAUACCUUAUACUGUGGCAGUUAUAUUCAAUAUCAUGUGUGGCUGGCCUAGGACAGAGGAUAGAUUUAAAAGAGCUUUAUCACCAAAAAAGGUCUAUAAACUCAACCUAGCAGUUUUGAAAAAGCUGACUGAUCUACAGUAUGCAGGCCUUUUCUUCCAAUGGAAAUACUUUUACUGGACAGAAAAUUCAUCCAGGCUUGUCAAGGAUAUCUCGUUUGGAACCAAUGGGAACUGUCUUGACCUGUACAUUCCUGACCAAGAGAACCAGAGCAGUGACCGUCCAUUGGUGGUGUUUAUCUACGGUGGAACCUGGGGCAGUGGAGACAAGAACAUGUACGGACUGCUGUGCGCCAAUAUUGCAAAGAGACUCGAUGCAAUUGUUUGCUGUCCUAAUUAUUCAAUCUAUCCCAAGGGUUAUGUGGACGAUAUGGUGCAAGAUACAGUUGAUUGUAUAGAAUGGCUUCAAAAGAAUUGUCAUAUCUAUGGUGGAAGAAAGGAUAACAUAUUAUUAGUUGGUCACUCCGCUGGAGCCCAUCUGGUUAUUAUGGCCUUGUUAGAACUUCUCACGAAACAGAUGCUGCAGGGACCAAAUUUACCUGCCAGUAGCAUUGUGGAGUCGAUGAGAUUUGAGGAACAGUACUUCAACAGUAGCAGUAGCGGCGAAAACGGAAACGGUGACAAAAAAGAUCGAUUCACUGAAAGUACAAACUCUGUCAGCUCAUUUAUUGUAUUGGACGGUAGCAAUAAUAAGAAUGACAUGGAGGAGAUAAAAGAAAUGGGAGACGAGGAGAAAUCCAGUCUAAGGGAGGGAGGACCAUCAAGUUUAGGGAGUAGCGCUGGUGCGGGGUCAGAAUCAUUCCUGAUGGUGAGCACAAGUGAAAUGCCUGUUCCAGUUGAACCUUUGGAGAUGAGCUCUGGAUCUGUGGAUGUUUUCAGGGCAAUGGAAGAGAGCAGUAUUGGUGCGGGUGAUGGCUUGCAUCAGAGGACCGCCAGAGGGGAAGGCCAGGAGCAGAGCAGUGUUACUGGCAGUAGGGAGAGGAGUAGCACUGGGACAAGUGAGGAGUCUGUCUCAACCAUCCGGCCAUCGACAGAGGAGGAGAAGAGAAUGAAGGCCAGACGACUCCAGUUUGGUGGCAUGAAGCUGAGUAAAAGUCAACAAGAAAUCUUUGAUCUCCUAUCUGGGAUAAGAGGGGUAGUAGGUAUAUCUGGGGUAUAUCAUAUCGGUGAUCACUAUGAGUUUGAGACUUGGAGAGGAGUGGAGCAUCUAUCGACCAUGGGCAGGGCCAUGUACGAACCUGAAAUGUUCGAUCGUUUCUCACCCAGUGUUAUAGCUGAAUGUCUCCCUGAAAAUGCUGGCCUGCCGCCAAUAGUACUACUACAUGGACUCUGUGACAGUACCGUACCCUACGAACAGAGUACCAAGCUGGCCCAAGCACUAAGUGAUGCUAGUUCAGAUGUGACCGUGCGAUUAAUACCAGACUGUGGCCAUAAAGACAUCUGUCUUGAUCUGAUGGACUCGAAAAGACGCUUUCAUAAACCUGUGAUGGACAUUAUAGCAGAAGCUGCUAAGAGAAUUUUCUAGUUUCUGAGCAAUAAAAAGGACAACGUUUGCUAAGAAUAGCUCCACCUGGAGGGUUUACUCCUGGAGACAUGUGUAGAGCAUCCUUGUACAUGUACAUGUAGUGCCGAAAAGUGUUUGACAGUUGGUAUUUUUUCAGUCAGCAUAGCAGGAACUGUGCAGUGCAAGAAGGGCCUAUCUUUCAGUCAUGCUCCGCAAUAGACCUAAGGACAUACUACAAAGAUCCCCACCGUCUGCUGUAGGGUCCUUAUUGUCAGUUACCUGUCACCCGUCACCAAAUUCCCGUCAUAUAUAGAUCUCUAAACCCGAGUUGCGGCAUAAAUACUAGUAUAGGGGGUUGUGUUUGCGAAUUUAUGCCAGCAAUAUGGGUGGGGAUAAAAAGGGGUGGAAUUUCCAACUGUAUUUCCACUGAAGGGGCACAUCAAAAACUCGGGGUACAAGGAUGCUCUACACAUGUGAUUGAGAGAGGCCCCACUUGGAGCUUCACAUCAUAAUCGACUACACUGACAAUGUUCAAGCUUGUACAUGGAGAUAGGUUGUUGGGAUAUUUAUGUCAAUUAUUAGAACCAUCCUGUAAAAGUCAGGGAGGUGCACGAAUCAGCCACGAUCUCCAAACAAUAAAAACAUUUGCAAAGAAGUCAAGUAAAUCUGUGGCACAACACUAGGCCAAUGCGAGAAUCAAUCGUGCUAUAAGUUACCAGUGUAAUGUUCGUAAAAAACUUCCCCUGGCCAAACUCGGUGCCAACUUCGGUGGCAGAGAGUAACAGGUGGUGACUUAAUUUUUACAAACGGGUGAUAACAUGAGGUUUAUUAAUUCGAUAUUUCAAUUCAACUGGUGUCUAAAGUGUUGGUAUCAUUAUCUAUGUUAAGAAAUUGUAAUCUAUCUUUGUUUAUCCAAGAUCAGAUCUUGAAUUAAGUGCUAAAAUUGUAUGUUUUAGCUGUUCUGGUUACAGACGCUUGUGCAUGUAUGUUACAUGUGUAUCUCAGCAAAAGAUUUUGUCUGUUAUUUUCAAUGUACAUGUAUACUAUACUUCAUCAAAAAUUAUUUUCCAAAUUAUUGCUGGUACAUGUACGUAUAUUGGCCGAAGUACUUGGCACAAUCUUAGUCUAUUUUGAUGUAUAUGGGAUGGGUUAUAUUGCUAGGUUUUGGUCUUCCACAAGGUAUCAUAUGACAAGCGUGGGGUUAAUUCUUAAUUUAAAUUAGUUGCUGAAAUAAGAUUCAUUGAUAAGGAGCAUGCCUUUGUUGAGGGUGUACAUGUACCAAUCAAUGGCAGAUCCUGGACUCGGAAAGAGUAUCAGUAGCAUCAAAAAUAAAGAAACUUUUGGUAGUAUUUAUGAGUUAGGGUCUUUCAGUUACACAAUAUGAUAUUGUCUGCUUGUAAAACCAAGUAAUUUUAAUUGGCUCCAACUAUACGAACGAAGUUUGGCUGCUGCCUUGUCCAAAGGGUAAGACCGUUGUGACUGACGUUGUGUCAGAUCCGAAAAACAUCACUUGAAUGAUUCCAAGGACAAUUUUACAGUGUCAAGAAAAAUAUCGCCACGGAUGUCAUAGGGCAUCACUUUAACCUCCCGAACCAUCAUGGCCUGGACUUGAGUUCAUUCACAUCCCUCCAGAUGGCGCCAAAGCUAAGACCACCAGACUCUCAAGAGAGUCCACCUGGAUCCAUCGUCUGCUCACCAUGUCACCGUCAGGACUCCACAUCCAUUACUAUCAUUAAUUGACUCCAGCUAUCACUGUAGUGUGGAUCUCUUUUUGAUUGCUGUCAUAAAGCUUGUCCUUGCUGCUCACCAUCAGACACUAGAGGUCAGAAAUCAAACCUAUCAACUCGGAUGUUCUCCUUCAUAGUGUUAAAAUGUUGAUGGCUCAUAGUUGCACAUGAUAGGCCUACUUAUUUUCUGAGACAUUCUGAUAAUGGUCCCUAACUCUUGGGCUAGCAAUUGGGAAAGAUCUCCUUGACUUAGCCUUCACUGGGUCACAUAUUUCAGCAUCUACAAUGGGUGAUAUGACUAGAGACUAGCAAAUACUUUUACUCUGGUUUUGUACAGGAAGGCCUGGUGUAAAUGUACAUGGAGAUUUAGAUAAAAGCAUUUGCUUGUCUUUAUUCAUAUCACCCAGUAUCUACUUUCUAGAAUGUAUAUUUGUAAAGAUUGAAGCCUUUAUGUGUCUCUCAUGCAACUAUGGUACAUUGGUUUCCUUAUAGGCAGUGGUGCAAAAUAAUCAUGUUUUUGAUUGUGAAUAAACCAAA